AUGACGAGCGAUUUGAUGGAUAUCGACACGCCAAUUGAGAGCGGUGCUGACGUUAAGUAUGCGGAGGAAGCCAAUGUAGAGACAAUCAUUGCUGUGUUGCGGGAUAUAACAAAAGCCAGUAUUACCUUAGAUUCUUUCUUUGUCUGGAAGGGAUUAAAGGAAUUGAGCAAAUUGAGAAAAUCCGUGCUAAAAGAAGAGACGUUGUUAGCAUUGAUCAACAUAUUGUAUCCUGACAGUUCAAAAUUCAAGAAACCAUUGCUGAAGGCUGUCAACGGUGAAAAGAAAUGUGCAGUUCCAAAUGCCGAAGAGGUCAGAUCAGCAUACCCUGCAUCAUUUUACGAGGUGAUUGACGAUAAAACAAUUGAACUCGCUGCGGAAAUAAAUAGCUUUGUUCAUCUAUUGGUCAUAUUAUAUCUAUUAGACACUCAUAACUUGAAAAAACUGGAUUCUUUUAAUAAAAAGGUGAUCAUUCCCAAAAUUUUGGCAUGUUACAACCAAAGGUUCCUAGAUUUGAUUAAUGCAAAACUGUGGUUCUAUAUUGCUAUAUGUGAUAAAGAAUUAGACACAAAUCCAAAUUUAGCAACCCGUUCAGAGAUGAUUAAAUUCCUAAAGACAGCAUCUCUCAAGCAUGAUAAUGAAACGAAGGCGAUGCUGAUAACCUUAAUCCUGAGAAGCUUUUUAUCUGCUGGUGAAAUAGAAUCGGCCGCUGAUUUCGUCAGUAAGGUUGAAUUUCCAAGUAGUGCUGACGUUUCAAGCCCCCUCGAAGCCAGAUUCUAUUUCUACCUAUCAAAGAUAAUGGCAAUUCAAUUGGACUACUCAACAGCCAACGAAUAUAUCAUAGCAGCAAUUAGAAAAGCACCAAAUACACCGAAUAGCUUGGGAUUUUUGCAACAAGCUAACAAGCUCCGCUGUGUUAUCGAAUUACUCAUGGGCGAUAUUCCAGAACUAUCAUUUUUCAAUCAAACUGGUAUGCAAAGAUCAUUAGAACCAUAUUUUCAUCUAGCCAAAGCCGUCAAACUUGGUGAUUUGAAGAAAUUCACGGCUGCAAUCAAUAAAUACAAAUCUCAAUUGAUAAAAGAUGGUAACUAUCAGCUAUACGUUCGACUAAGAUCCAAUGUUAUAAAAACCGGUAUUAGAAUCAUUUCCUUGACCUAUAAGAGAAUAUCUUUGAAAGAUAUCUGUUUGAAGCUUCGUUUGGAUUCCGAACAAACGGUGGAAUAUAUGGUUUCCAGAGCAAUCAGAGAUGGUGUCAUCGAGGCAAAAAUAAAUCACGGAAAGGGAUAUAUCGAAACAAGCGAACUGUUGAAUGUCUAUGACACUGAGGAACCGCAAGAGGUUUUUGAUGAAAGGAUCAAAUUCGUCAAUCAACUGCAUGAUGAAAACAUAGUUGCAAUGAGAUAUCCUGAAGAUAAAAAGAACAAAAGUAAGAACGGUAACUCAGAAGAAGAUGAGUUCAUAGAUGGAUCUCUUUUGGAUGACAUUUCUGAUUUUUCUGAUAUAGACGACCUUGGGUUUCUUUAG